AUGGUAUCAAUACAGUUGUUGGCAGUUCUCGUAUCUUUUAUGAUACUUGAUGCUCGCUUUUCUUUAUAUUAUUCUAAUAGUGAAUGGGAAUCAAAAUCUACAUUCGAUUGUUUAUAUGCUUAUAUUUUUGAUUAUGCUAUUGAUGAAAAUGUACGUCAAACAGCGAAUUUGAAUUUAAUUCCUUAUUGUCAACGAUUUGAUCACAGCGUAGAACAACAACAGUUGUCCGUCAGUUUGUAUACAAACGUAAAAAAUAAUAUUACUUUUGCUGAAUUGUAUCGAAAAGGUGUGACAAGUGAACAACUACUCGAUUGGUCAGCAUCAAUUGAUGUUGCAGAACGAUACGAAAAAAAUGGUGAAAAUUCAAAUGAAAUAUUUCACAAUUGUUCAUUUCCUUGGUUUGGUUCUACAUGCCAAUAUCGAUUAGUAAAUGGUACAUCAUCUACAUUUACUGAUGUUGUUCAAUUUAAUUUCGAAAAACGUUUUAUGACACGGUCAACGAUAAAUUUGAAUACUAGUAUAUGCUAUCCAUUUUUAACUGACUGUUAUCGUGGUCCAUCACCAAUGUGUCUUGAAUGGCGUGAAAUUUGUGAUGGUAUUGUUGAUUGUAUACAUGGAGAAGAUGAACAGUUAUGUCAAAUAUUAGAAGUAAAUGAAUGUCAUGAUAAUGAAUAUCGAUGUCAUUUCGGUGGACAAUGCAUCCCGUCUACAUUUGUUCGUGACGGAACGAAUAAUAUAGAUUGUCUUGAUGGCAGUGAUGAAAUAGAUCUAAUUGAGACACCCUUUUCCUAUGAAAAAACUCGUUGCUAUUCUAGCCCGACAUUUCGAUGUGAGGAAUAUAGAAGUCGACGUCCUCUCAAUUUUCCAUGUGGUGAUGGUGACAUUUGCCACCAUUUGAUACCUCAAUGGGGAGUUUGGUGUAUUAAUCUUCGAGAUAGAAAAAUGACUUCAGCUAUGUUUAGUUCACUAGAUUAUAUUUCGAACUUAAAUUGUAGACAAAUACUCAGCUGUUUACUUCGUCUUUAUCUAUUUGAUGAUAUGUUUCCGGAACAAAGCCGUGAUCUUUGUCAAAAAAUUGUCAAUCAUUGCUCAUUGAAAUGGCUUGUUUGGCCUGAAUAUCCUAUCCUAUAUGGUUUCUUUCAAUUUGUUUACUUAAAUAAUCAAUCAAUUCCUGUCUUCGAGAAAAAUAUCAUGCCUGAUUAUCUUUGUUUCAAUGCAAGUUACUGUCCUGCAUUGAUAUUCUGUACAGAAGAUAUUGGAAUAAAUAAUGGAUUCAAUUGUUGUCGAACUAAUAGUUUAAAAAAUGACACAGUUUGGCGAUGGGAUGAAAAUUUUUAUAUCAUUUUCAAAGAUCUCAUUUUACAAUGUUUGACAAUGGGCACAGAUCAAGCAUGUUCGCAUCCUUCUUUAUUUCACUGUUCACGUUCGUCGAAAUGUAUUUCAAAACAUCGACUAAAUGAUGGUGAAAAUGACUGUUAUUUUGCUGAAGAUGAAUUAUAUUCUGCUUGCCAACUGAAUGAUUCAUGGCGGUUCACUUGUGAAUCAGAAACAAAUAAAUGUUUAUCGAUUAUCGCUGUCGAAAAUGGAAAACAAGAUUGUUGCAAUGGUGAAGAUGAAUGGAACGAAUAUCAACAUCAGCUUUUCAAAGGAAACAUUCCAUUUGGACUCUUUUGUAAUGGUAAGAAUGAUUUGAAAUGGACAGAUAUAUCUAAUGAAACCGAUGAAACUCAUUGUGAAUGGUGGCCAUGUAAUAAUCCAUAUGUUCAAUGUGAUCAUUUUUGGCAUUGUCUAAAUGGUAUUGAUGAACUCAAUUGUCCUGAAACAGAAUGUACAUUUAAUGAACACUUGUGUAGAAGUCGAAUCCAUGAUGAGGAUUAUUGCAUACCGAUAUUCCAUCUAACGGAACAAUAUUCAUAUUGGAAUACUUUUCUUGUCUCUCGUAGAAUCUAUCUUUAUAAUGAUUCUUAUAAAGAUUCUAUCAAUUAUUUCCAAUGGAAUGAAACAAAAUGUAUCACUUCAGCACAUAUCUCUCUCUAUCAACCGUUAUUACCAAUGGCACAUGAAGAUGUUUGUUUAAUACAAACUAAAAUGCCACGUGCUUUUCAAAUAGCAACUGUCGUUAUGAAAGCCAUUAGUCACGAUUUCUUGUGCAUGCUAGUAGGAGACAAUUCGUGGAUACCAGAACCGAAAACAUAUCUAAGAACUUCUCGAUUGGGCUAUUUUCCAUCAGCUCUUUCUAGUGUCGAUGUUCGACAAGCUGCUCAACUUGAUAGAAAAACAGUUAUUAGUUCGCCAUCGAUUCAAGACGUGUGGUAUUGUAAUCGAGGAAUAGCUAUGCUAUUCGAAACCAAUAAAACUCUUAAAUGUCUUUGUCCUCCGACUUACUUUGGUGAUCGAUGUCAAUGGCAAAAUCAACGUAUUAGUUUAACAUUUCAAUUAGUAUACCAUACUACUAAAUUUGGGAUAUCCGUAUUUCAAGUCAUUAUCAUGCUUAUUGAUGAACAAAGACAAAUAACAUCUUAUCAUGAGCAAAUCACAUAUGUACCCAAACGUGAUUGCGGAACAAAGUUUAAUAUCUACUUACUUUAUCCUUAUCAACCGAAAAAUUCUUCGACUAAUUAUUCAAUACACAUCGAUGUUUUUGAUAAAAUUACAUUAACAUAUUGGGCAAGUUGGCAUCUAUCAAUUCCCUUUCAGUUUCUCCCAGUAAAUCGAAUAGCUACUCGAUUGUUCAUUCCAAAUAUACAACAAUUAAAAUCGUGUCCAUUGUCUUGUGGAACUCAUGGUAGAUGCAUACGAUAUAUAAAUAAAAAUUUCUUAUAUUUUUGUCAAUGUGAUCAAGGUUAUUCGGGUUUACAAUGUGAUAUUCAACAAAAUUGUUCUUGUUCAUCAGAUUCAUUUUGUCAUACUCCAUCUAUUUGUAUUUGUCCGUUACACAAAUAUGGUCCACAUUGUUAUUUAAAACAUUCAAUUUGUCAAUCAUCGAAUAAUAUAUGUGUAAAUGAUGGACUAUGCAUGCCUAAUGAUGAUCGUAGUGAUAGUAACAAAUCUACAUGUCUAUCAGAGACUGACGGGAUGCGGGACCAAUCCUGUCCCGUCCCGUCCCGUCUCGUCCCGGGACGGGACGGGAGAAGAAAAAAAUAA